CGAGUUACAUCGCAUCACAGCCUCAAAGCUCCCUCCCUGAGCUUGCAACGGCCUUCUUGUUGCAACCCGACUGCGCACAGAUCCCACAGGGCCAGCACAGCGAAUCUCAUCGCAGUUGCACGGCUGAAACGCAGCGUUUUGGAAGCUGACAUCAUGAGACCCACUACAGUCCUCGCGCUGCUCCACGCCACGCAUGCGAUGCAGCUCGCGACGCAACGCCGCAGCGUCCUCAAGGGCUGCGGCGUCGCUAUUGCGGCCCCGCUUGUCGCGAACGCCGACGACGAGCCCGUCGCCGCUGUUGCCGACGCGCCCGCUGUCGAGGCGCCGCCGCCGCCCCCGCCCGCCAAGACUUCGGCCAUCGACGACGCUAGAGAUAGAGCAAAACGCUACGCCGAGUUCUCCAAGACGCUGCGGAGGACCUACGACAAGAACCAACUAAACGCGGCCUACGCCGAGAUGGUUUCGUUUGAGAAGGAAUUAGCUAGGAUCGCGCCGACGAAGGAGGCCGCCGAGGGCGCGAAGGAGCUGAAGCAAGUUCUGAGGGACUUGUACGACGCGGCGAAGAGGGACGACCGGAGAGUGGUGCAGAAGAAGGUCGGCGAGGUUUCUGAUGCGGUAUCGUAUUUGGCCGACGCCUUGCAGUCCGCAAAAAAUGGAGGCGUUUUCUUGGACGAGCAGCCGAUAGGCAAGCUCCGGAGCGACUGGCAGCCGGGGCCGGGCUACGAGGCCGUCAAAUCGCUAACAUAUGCUCCUUAG